AGAGCGGCGAGCCGGAGGACGGAGCGGAGCGACCGGGACCUUCUCAGGAUGUCACAAGUGAAUGAAAAUAACUAAUGAAAUGAAAACAUGAACAACCGCCUGCGGAUUUUAGAGAAGGAGAUCUGAAAGGAAAAUAUUCGGGCUGCUUAGUGGAGAUAUUUCACUUCAGAUACGCAGAGAGAAGAGAGACUGCUCGCCGGCCAUGCAGCACUACGGGGUGAACGGCUACUCUCUGCACGCCAUGAAUUCACUGAGCGCCAUGUACAACCUUCACCAGCAGGCGGCGCAACAGGCCCAGCACGCACCUGACUACAGGCCCUCCGUGCAUGCCCUCACUCUGGCAGAGAGACUGGCUGACAUUAUCCUAGAGGCCCGGUAUGGCUCCCAGCACCGAAAGCAGCGGCGCAGUCGGACAGCCUUCACCGCCCAGCAGCUGGAGGCCCUGGAGAAAACUUUCCAGAAGACCCACUACCCUGAUGUGGUGAUGCGUGAACGUCUGGCCAUGUGCACCAACCUGCCUGAGGCACGCGUUCAGGUCUGGUUCAAGAAUCGCCGGGCCAAGUUUCGCAAGAAGCAACGCAGCCUGCAGAAGGAGCAGCUCCAGAAACAGAAAGAGGUGUCCGGAGCUGCAGAGGGCUCCACAGAGGACUCCAAGACGGACCUCAACAGCAACACCAACACCCUGGUUCCUGAGGCUCGCACCCCUCCCCCUCCCUCCUCCUCUUCGUCCUGUCACUCAGAGACAGAGAGGCUGGCAGCCGCACAGCCCCAGCCUGGAGAGAUGAGCGUGGAAGUCAACGUCACCUCCCCCGAGCCAUCGGACAGCGAGUCAGCAGCAGAAGAUAAUGCUGACAGAGAGGAGGAUGAAAUGAGAGGGGAGGCAAGGGGGAAGCUGAGGGAGGAAACGCAGGGGGAGGGGGGAGUACAACAGGCGAGCAGCUCCCCAUCCUGCAAACGGCUGAGCCCCACAUCAGACUCUCCUCUGUGCUCCCCCAACUUGCCAUCCUCCAGCAGCACGACCAGCGGUUUGGCGCAAAGCAACUCCUACGCUUCGUCUCCUCUCAGCCUCUUCCGGCUGCAGGAGCAGUUUCGGCAGCACAUGGCCGCCACCAACAACCUAGUGCACUACCCGUCCUUUGACAUGAGCACACCAUCCUCUCUGCCCUAUCUGGGCAUGAACGUCAACAUGCCGUCCCCGCUGGGUUCGCUGCCCUGCCAGUCGUACUACCAGACCCUGUCUCAGGCCCAGCAGGUAUGGAACAGCCCGCUGCUGCAGGCGCCACCGGGCAGCCUCCCUGCAAGCCUCAACAGCAAGACCACCAGCAUUGAGAACCUCCGUCUGAGAGCCAAGCAACAUGCAGCCUCGCUGGGACUGGACACACUCCCCAACUGAGGCUACUCAGUCUACGUGUUUGCCCUCUAGUCAGGGCCAUACCUGAAUUAUGGGCCCUGUCCACAGGAGGUGACUCUGGGCCCCCCUUCACGUUCCUCUUGACCUCUUACCGCUGUCAGCCAUUAUCUGUAUCCAGGAAGCUCAAACACAUCUCCAAAACCUCAUUAGAAAUACCCCAGAUUUUGGCCGCUACCAUUAUUUCAGUCCUCUCUUCAAAAUCUGUCAAAACUUCAAAUUUGUGCUUGUUUCAUGUCAUUUAACUGAGCAACUGGUGAGAAUAUUUGCAGUUUUCUAGAUUUCAAACCCAAUUUCAAAACCAAAGCAGUAUGACAAACAGUAGAAAUAACAUAUUUUUAGGCACACAUGAUGACCACAAAAAGCAGGAACUUUAGGCGCCUUUCCUCAGUUUAGGUCCUCUGGUUGUCGACCUCUUCACCUGUCGUCACAUGACCAUGCAGCUCACUGCUGGGAGCACACCAGAACAUGAAGAACAUCUUUUAGACUGAAUAGAAAACAAGAUUAUAAAAAAGCCCACCUGGACUGCACUUGUGACUGAACAGUACUUUUUGCCUGUGGAUUUCUGCUUGACUCCUGGUCAACAACACAAGCCAACUCUACUAAUGCUGGCUGCUCACUGUGAUUUCAGCCUCCUCCGUGAAGUCGGGGCAGGAAGUCUUGAACUGCAGAGCUGUCUGUCUCAUCCCAGGACAGAUCUAAGAUAUUAAAAUAUUCUAUAAAAUCAACCACUGAACGUGAACUAUGCAUGCAUGCACCCUUCUGAAGCAUGGCUUACAGCAAGACACAGAAUGAAGUCACAUCAGAUCUGAUAUCUGAAGCAAAGCUCAGAUCACUCAAUAUAAUCCGCAAGCCAACUGUAUUUGGUGUACAGUAGAUAACAAAUGACUCUCCUUGUUUAAAGUUACAGCACUCAGCUCAGCGUGCAAGAAUCCAUUGAGCGUUGUAAAUAUCCCUGGGUUCGCCCCCAUCUGCCUGGCUAAAGAGAAACUCCAUGUCUCCUUUUGUAUGAAGGAUUUGAGAGGAAACGUUCAGUUUAUUUUUCACUUGUGGCUUUAAGCAAAGGACCUAAUGAUAAGGGGAGAAUCUGUUGAGGCACAGUGACAAAUAAAUAUGAACCCAGCUGAUAUAUAUUUUGUUCACUUGGUUACCGGAGUGAACUCUUUUUCUGAGCUUCAGCAAAAAGAUGCACAAGCCCAUUCAUUAUGUAUUAUAUCACUGUAGAUUCAAGACAUGUAUUUCUUAAUUGUUUAAAAUGUGAGUAAUUUAUCUGUUUAAUGCAAGGGAAUAAAUCACACAAAUAAGAAUGACUCAUGUACUCAGUGUUGUUGGUUUGAAUAUGAAAAUAUUUGCUUGCACUGACUCCCACUGCCUCAUUUUGACAUUUUCCAGAGGAAAGGAAGGAUCUUUAAUCUAAAAUAAAUCACUCAAGAAAUCAUCCCUGAAAAACAAAACCUGUAACUAAAAACACAAGAAAAGAACAAACAUGACGCAACCUUUCUUGUAUGAAAUUAGAUAUGUGGGGUUGAAU